AUUUCAUAGUGUUCCGAACGCAGUGUUGGGAUAGAGUAAACGCAGCGUCCAAACGGGCCUCUGGGGAGAGCGAUAUUAGACGCUUGAGAGCUGCGAGCGUUAGAACACAGAGCUGUAGACCCGAUCGGAUCGGUGAAGUGCCCAGCCUGCUCCUCAGAAAUCUAUGUUUGCAGGUGCUACGUAAUAGCAAAUUAGGAAGAACCAGGCAGAACAAAAAAGCUAACUAAAAUGCCCGCCCAGAAGAUUGAAACGGGUCAUAAUGAUGUUGUUCAUGAUGUAUCCAUGGAUUACUAUGGAAAGCGUGUGGCAACUGCUUCUUCUGAUACCACUAUAAAAAUAAUAGGCGUUAGCAAUAAUUCUACUUCACAGCACCUGGCAACUUUGAGUGGCCAUCAAGGUCCUGUUUGGCAGGUUGCUUGGGCUCAUCCCAAGUUUGGAUCGAUCAUUGCCUCUUGUUCUUAUGAUGGCAGGGUGAUAAUUUGGAAGGAAGGUAACCAAAAUGAGUGGGCACAGGUGCACGUUUUUACUGAUCAUAAGUCAUCUGUCAAUUCUAUUGCUUGGGCCCCUCAUGAACUUGGUCUCUGCUUAGCUUGUGGAUCUUCUGAUGGGAAUAUCUCAGUCCACACUGCCAGGUCUGAUGGUGGCUGGGACACCACCAGGAUCGACCAAGCUCACCCUGUUGGAGUGACUUCAGUUUCAUGGGCCCCUUCCACAGCUCCUGGUGCUCUAGUGGGUUCUAGUGUGCUGGAUCCAGCUCAGAAGCUUGCUUCUGGUGGCUGCGACAAUACUGUAAAGGUGUGGAAGCUGUAUAAUGGAAAUUGGAAAAUGGAUUGCUUCCCUGCGUUGCAAAUGCACAGUGAUUGGGUGAGGGAUGUGGCUUGGGCACCCAACUUGGGCCUUCCAAAGUCUACCAUAGCAAGUGCUUCACAGGAUGGCACAGUUGUCAUAUGGACCGUGGCAAAAGAAGGUGAUCAAUGGCAGGGUAAAGUUUUGAUGGAUUUCAAGACUCCUGUCUGGAGGGUAUCAUGGUCCCUUACCGGAAACUUGUUGGCUGUGGCUGCUGGAGAUAAUAAUGUCACUUUGUGGAAAGAAGCAGUUGACGGUGAGUGGCAACAGGUGACCACGGUUGAGCAAUAGAUUCAGCUGAACUAUCUUUGGCUCUGUUAUGAACUAUAGUUUAUCGGCUUCUAGUUCUACUUUCUUUCUAUAUUUUCUCUUGGGUAAUUUGCUUUGUUUGGGGGUGUUGCAAUUCUUGAUUUGUUAAAAAGUUAGGUGUGAAAGAAAUGAGAUGUUAGCAAACAAAAUUAUUUCUCUCUUUUAUUUUUCGUUGUCAACUUCAUGUGUUUUCACUACUUGUUAUUCUAUAAAAUGAUUGCUUAACUACCCA